AUGCAGGCUGUCCAGUACGAACGACACCCUGCUCCUGGCGAGUCGCCCAUCUGGACAGAUCAUGCGCCCCAGGAGUCCCCCCGCAAGAGCCCUAUUCCUAAGAACGUUGCCUUCGAGCUCUUGCUCGAUGAGAACUCCAAGGUUCGGGCUCGUAUCCCCAUGCGAGUACAAAUAUAUCCCCAUGACACCACAGACUCGAUUGUGACUACAGUCAAGAAUUUCUAUGGGAUCUAUGAUGGCGCUGCGAGCGGUGUCAGUUUUGAGGAUGAGCACGGCACCACACUUAUUGCUAGGUAUGAGAACUUAAGAAAUAACAUGACGGUGUAUGUGCGGGUAAUCCCCGUCCAAGCAUACACAGAAGGCUACGGCGACCGUUAUUUUGGGCAUAUGCCAGUUGAGGUUCGUAAACGCCCCAGUCUUGGCGAGCCUUUCCAGAUGGCGUCUGCAAUGCAGUCGGCGCAGAUCCCAGACCACGGACAGCCCCCUUCUCGGCCCGCUUCUAGACUCGCUCGGAAGCGCAGUGUGUCACCGUCUGGAAGAAGCCGUCGUAGCGCUUCGCAGCACAAGCAGCUCUCCCGAGCGGGAAACAAGAGCAGGGGCUCCAGCACACAUGGUAGCUUCCAUGACGAUGGAGCUUCUCUCUACAGUGACAGUGAGGGCGGAUAUGGAUCUGUCUCAGGGGGUAAGAAGUCCCGUAGUGAACAGCUGGGCAGCUCAGAUAUCAGCAUGGACAAUAUCCUCCAAGAUGGCCGCCGCAAGCGGCCUAAGUUUGAGAGUUCGGAACUGCCAUUAUUCGUUCCUCCUCAGGUCCCUCUCACUACCUCUACCUCGUCGAUCUCCCCUCAACGUCGAUCUAUUGGCCAAGAAGGUGCUGUCUCCCCAUUCGCACGCCCCACUCAACGCCCGUACAGUUAUCAACAACCAUUACCCUCACCUCAAAGCUACGGACAUAACGAUCAAAUAUACGGGUAUAACUCUAUGCGGAAUAACAUCUAUGCCACUCCAGUGGUUCCGGAACAUGGGCACCGCUUACGUGAGCGGACCGCAACCCAGUCAUCAGGCAGUUCAGCAACCCAGCAGGCAAUGGUGCCGGGCGACGCUUCAAAUUUCUCCCAUGGUCGCACAUCCGCCUCAACCCUUGAUGAUGCCUUCAGUGGCGCUGCCGAUGCGGCCUCAUCGACGGGGGCGACCAGCGAUGGCGAAGAUUUCAGCGAAGAAGAUGACGACUUGCCGGCACGGAGUAGACAAAGGGUGGACUCGAGCCCGAUGCUUCCGCCGGGCGCUACUAAGUGCACACACAAGCGCUUGGAUGACAUUCUCCCCAGUUUCGACAGCUCUGAUGGAAGUGAUGGCGAUGAGGAGUACCAGCAGGAUGAUUAUCAGGACAGCUUGAUCAAAAAUGAGGCCGAUGAUGAUUCUCUUUAUAGAGAGUCUGCCCCCAAGCCGAAGAAGGCUAAGACACGAGCAAAUAGUACCACUUCUAGCAAGGCUCGAGGAACCAAGUCAGCACCUAUGCGGCAGCAUAAAAUCAACAAGGGUGCACCCGCUGCUGCUCGUAAGGUGAAGUCAAUGCCCGCUGCGAACAGUCAAAAGCCCGUCGUGCCCCCGCAGAUGGUUAGCCCUGCCCCUACACGAAAGACCUCAACGUCCUCGGUCAAUUUCCAGCACCAGUUGGCUGCAGACGAAGAAGACCUGUCAACCAAACCGCGCUGCCAACGCUGCCGUAAAAGUAAGAAGGGCUGCGAUCGUCAACGUCCCUGCGGGCGAUGCAAGGAUGCUGGUAUUGGCAUCGAAGGCUGUAUCAGUGAAGACGAGGGGAAUGGUCGCAAAGGCCGCUACGGUCGUCACAUGGGAGUUCCUGUGAAGAAAGCCAUUGAAGCUAGCCCAGUCAAUGGUGAUACACAGCCCCUUGUGGCUGUGGCUGGUUCGUCAUCUGCUGCCAUUGACAAGAACAAGAAACGCAAGCGUUAG